CCGGUAGAAUUGGCAUAUGAAUCGUAUGAACCACCGAAAGACAAAGACCCGAUAACGGAUGCCAAAGCGGUUGUGCUAUGUCAUGGCUUGUUUGGUUCCAAACAAAAUUGGAGAUCGUUGGGUAAAUCUAUCGCUCAAAGAUUGUCAGUUCCGGUAUAUGCUGUCGAUUUACGAAAUCAUGGAACUUCUCCGCAUAUAUCUAGCAUGCGAUACGAUGAAAUGGCAAAAGAUUUGACUAGAUUCUUCGAAGAUCAUAAGAUCAAACAAGCAAUCUUGACUGGACAUUCUAUGGGAGGUAAAACAGUUCAAAGUAUGGCUUUAGAUAAAGAUGUUCCGAACGAUUUUAUACGUUACCUUAUCAGUGUCGAUAUGUCACCCGCUCGUGGACCGCUUAGCAAAGAAUUUGCACAAUAUGUCAAGAAGAUGUGUGAAAUUGAGGAAAAGCAAUGUUCAUCAAGACAAGAAGCCGAUAAAGUAUUGGAAGAAGUAGAGCCUGAACUAGGAACACGGCAGUUCUUGCUCACCAACCUUACCAGAGCACCCGGAUCAGAUCAUUGGACGUUCAGGAUACCGAUCAAGACCAUCGGUGGGAUACUGGAACAACAAAUUGGCGAUUUUCCCUAUGAUGACGAACAAGGCUUGAUGCUCAAAGCUGAUGAAGCACUUGCAGAGAGGCUGGGAACGCAGUUCACACCCAAAGAAAGGCCAACGAGCAGAUUUGAUGGAGAAACACUGUUUGUCAAAGGUGCAAAGAGCAAGUAUAUCAACAAGAGAAACAUUCCGAUUUGCGAUGCAUUUUUCCCUAAAGCCAAACAUGUAACUCUCGAAACAGGGCAUUGGGUUCAAGCUGAAAAGCCAAGAGAAUUUGUGGAUGAGAUGGUAAACUUUGUA